AUGGAGGAGAACACACAGUCAGAAACCGGGUGCGAAUCCGGAAAAGACGUGAAAAAGGAAGAAAAAAAUGGAAACAUCAUUGGUGACUUUAAAACGAAGUUAUGCCGAGCAUUUCCAAAGCUACAUCUGGGCUUGAAAUUUGUAAAUUGUGGACUUUUGAUCAUUGCGUUCGCUGUUCACGUGCAUAACAUGUUUUCAGCGACAUGGGCUAUCGACCACGCACAGGACACUGCGACUAGUUAUGAGGGAGAUAUCCAGCACCAGCUAUUUGGUUUCAUUCAGGGAGGUGACAAAGAGGUGUUCACUCCUCACAAGGAAGGUUAUUGGCAGGAUUGGAAGAAACCGCUGAUAAAGCUGGAGAUUGUUGCCCUCAGUCUUGGCUUCGCUGCAGUUGUGAUCCAGGGAGUCAUUAUCUUUCUCCAUUUUUUACAUCCGCGGAAGGCCGAGGCGAUUGCUCUGCUGACGUCAGUCAUUCUGUUGUCGUGUGGUGGCGGCGGCCUGCUGAUUAAAACAAGCAUGGAUUACACCAACAACCGCCCAGCCUAUGGGUUUCGUGAUACGACCAUGCCCCCUACCUUCAAGACAGACGUUUCAGAAGACAUAGGUAGAACAGAGGCGAUUGUGUGUGGAGCUAUGUAUAUUAUUGCCGGCGUCAUAGACGUUUUACUGAUGCUUAUCACUUCCUCCAAAACGUCAAUUAAACCGGAAGUGAAUGCUAAUUAA